GGAACGUUAUCUUGUUGUUGUUGGCGCCAUAUUGUGUGACAGUCCCUCCAUGUAGCAGAGAAACCCAAACACACCUCGUCUCGCUUGCCCUCGGGCCGUGUGUUCGUGACAUUUCAACUGGGGAAGAGUUAGUCGCUGGAAAACAGACCAGAAAGGACUCUCAACCCAGUGAGCAUGGACGGUGAGGAUAGUGGUGGAGGAACAGGGGACACAUCCACUUAUCAGGUACUAGCGGCCCAAGACUCCUACCCGAAGCAGAUCUGCCAGUUUGAUGAGCCUUCCCUGUCCAUCCCGUUCAUCCCUCUGAGUGGGGAGUACGCCCUGUUUGUGGGGCGCACCUCGGAGGGCCUCAUUGCUCACUCCAACUACCGAGUGUUCCUGCAGCAGCGUGACGCCACCUACCACAUUCCUCUUGGUGUGGUGGAGGUGGUGGAGUGUCGGGAAAUCUUCUUCCUGUACCUGCUCUGUAAAGACACCAAGUCCUAUAAAUGUACGUUCCCGACUGGCGAACAAUGUGCCGAGUGGCAGCGACGUCUGACCAAGGCUUUGUCUCUCCCGCAACGACUGGAAAAUGUCUUUGCCUUCGCCUUCUACAUGUGGAGUAUGGAGGAGACGCGGGAGCUGCACAAUGCCUUGGUGGAACCCGAAGGUCAGCAGUCCUACGCUGCUCGGGCUGAGAAAAUGUUUGACGAAGAGGUACGACGACUGGGCUUUGACUUGGGAGGAACAUGGCGCAUCUCAAUGGCAAACAGCGAGUACCAGCUUUGCCCCACGUACCCCAAGAAGCUGGUAGUUCCGGCAUCAAUUAACGACAAUGUACUGGACUUUGUGGCACGGUUCAGGGCAGCAAGAAGGAUUCCAGCUGUGGUGUGGAGGCAUGCCAAUGGAGCCGUCAUUGCUCGGUGUAGUCAGCCUGAGGUUGGCUGGCUGGGUUGGCGUUCCAGUGAGGAUGAGGACUUGGUGAAGGCCAUCUCUGAAGCUUGUGCCUAUGACAGUCCCAUCUCCUCCUCCAAUGGUAUUGGUAUUACCUCCUCCCAGCUGGCACCACGAAGCGACAGCGACAAAGAAGCCAUUACUCCAUCCUCCGAUAUUCCAUCUCUGUGUGAUUUGCCGGAAGCCAAGGCUCAGGCAGAUAUAAAGAAAGUACUAAUUGUGGAUGCUAGAUCUUAUGCAACAGCUGUGGCCAACCGAGCUCGAGGGGGAGGGUGUGAGUGUCCAGAGUACUACCCUCAGUGUGAGAUUCAGUUCAUGAACCUUGCUAACAUUCACACCAUUCGCAAGUCUCACCAUGCCCUUCGUCAGCUGGCUUCCUCCUCUCCUGACAUCCCUAAUUGGCUGUCCUUACUGGAGAACUCUCGGUGGCUGGGACAUCUGUCUGGACUGUUUAAGGCAGCUGUGACAAUAGUGCAGGCAGUGGAGCGGGAGGCCAGGCCAGUCCUUGUUCAUUGCUCAGAUGGAUGGGACCGAACACCACAACUGACGGCCCUCUCUCAGUUACUGCUUGACCCUUACUACAGAACUAUAGAUGGCUUUGUGGUUCUCAUUGAGCGAGAGUGGGUAGAGUUUGGCCACAAGUUCAGUGACCGAUGUGGUAUUGGCCGCUGCUGUGAGGACAUCAAUGAGAGGUGUCCCGUGUUCCUGCAGUGGCUUGACUGUGUCCACCACCUCCUCUACUGGUAUCCCACUGCAUUCCAGUUCAAUCAAGCUUUUCUGGUCAAACUAGCACAGCAUGUGUACAGCAAUCUGUUCGGCACAUUUCUGUGUAACUCCUCCCAAGAGCGGGUCCAGGCAGACAUUGGCGACCGAUCCUACUCUGUGUGGUCCUUUCUCAAGGCCAACAAGCAGCGAUACACCAACUACCUCUAUGUCCCCACUCAGCAGGUGCUAUAUCCCUCGUGCCACAUCAAAGACCUGCGGCUGUGGACCUCGGUGUACAUGCCUGAGAUGGGUGAGGUGACAGCUGACACCACCACCAGCGCUCAUCCUAGUGUUGGUGAUGAUGAGGUACCCUGCAUCUACUUACCACCCCACCUACCACACCAUCAGCUACCUCGCUACCAAAAACUAGAUGAAGAUGAGGACAUUCAAGGUGGAGGAGGAGAAUUAGUGAAGACCAAGUCAUAUGAUGAUCUCCUGGCUGGCACCUCCCCCCCCUCACACCAGCCCCUGCGGCGCUCCUCAGACCCAAACAUCAGAGAAAGUGGACCGAAUAUGGCUAUGCUCAACUCCGCCCUUGGAGCUGAAUUAGGAAAUGAUGACUCUGAAGCUGCUGUUGACCAUGCGAGUGAGGAUGCAGCAAGUGAAGACCUGGACGCCUACGAGGACUCUACCAGUGAGCCCAUCGGAGAGAGGCAGAAUGAUGAGUCGGAGUCAUUGACUUUGUGUGAGCCAUCUGUCUCAGAAUCUGAAAUCCACGAGUGUGUGAGCAUUGUGCAAAAUGAACCCUGUGAUAUUGGUGUUGAAAGUGGUGAGGAGGCCAAUGAGCUUCUUGGACAGGAGUGUGUCGAACUGCAGGAAAAGUGUAUUAUGAAAGUGACAGACUCUAAGAGAGAUACAAACAGUGAGAAAGUGCACAACAGGAAAGGCACAACGGGCGAGAGGCAGUUUAAGAGCUUGGCAGAACAGUCCAUAGAGGGCUCCACGGAUACGUUAGUGGCAGAAAUAGGAAUUAUAGCAACCGAGGAAAAGGUCUCUCAGGAUAAGAAUAGUGAACAGGUGCCCAUAUUGAACAGAGAGUGUGGACAGAAUAGCCCCAAAUCCAUAUUGCAGAGUAAAUGCUUUCCAUUCAUGAAUGGGGCUGCGGGGGAGGAAGAGGUGAGUGCAGCUUCCAACAACCGUAAAAAGCAAUCGACCUCCUCUAAUCCAGAAAGCAUUGAGGAUCGAGCCGAGAGAAGGACUGUUAACGGAGUACCCAACAUGAGCUCGGUCAUGCACAGUGUGGCAGCGUCUGGUUGUAGUAUUUGUCUCCAGAGUAAGAAAUUAUUAGAUGAAACUAGUGCAGGGGACUCUUGGCGCAGUGCUGGGCUUAUGAAUGAGGGCUCCAUUGGGGGAGGGGCCGUGCGGGGGGUUACCACGGGACCAGGCAGUCGGGUGUCUCUCUACUCCACCCCAAUGCACUCACGCACACCUUCCUCCUGCAUACCGUCGACACCUUGUGAAGAUAGGCUUGGUGCAGGAGAUAGCAAAAGCAGUACUUUCGCUACACUUGAUGGACUUCAUAGUGUUAGUGAUGAGGUGACCAAGAGACUGCACCAAAUUCUUCUCCAUCAUCAGUCUGAGAAAGAAUCUCUAAAGAGGGACCUGCAGGCCACAAGACAUGCCCUGUACAACCAGAUCCAGCACAACCGCUGUCACAAUCAUCACCACGAUGGAACAGAAGAUCAAAUGUCCCUGCCCGAGAGUGUUGGUUCAGGCUCUGGUGGGUCUGUGGGUCAGGAGUCUGGGGUGUCAGACACGUCGUGGGAGGCUGUUGAAGAGGGAGAUGCCCGGCCAACACUCUGGGUGCCUGACCAUGCUGUGGACUCCUGCAUGGGUUGCAACACUCAGUUCUGGAUGGGGCGACGGAAGCAUCACUGCAGGUUAGUUGCCAGCGGAUCAUCUUGCUCAAGCAUCCAACCACUCAACCAAUCAGAGAGUAUGAGUCAAAAGAACUCUGAAGAAAUUUGUACCUGUUGCUGUUAUCCCAUAAGGAGUUGUGGUAAGAUUUUCUGUUCAGACUGCUCGGAACACAGCAUCCCUAUCCCUCGGGAGCAGCUGUACCAGCCAGUAAGGGUAUGUGGAACCUGUUUCUUUACCCUGGGAAUGGAACACACAAAGCCAAAGAUAGUUGCUGCUGCUUCUAAUUAGUUUGUGGAGUAAAACCUUGAAGGUAUUGUAGUGUACCAACAACUGUGGUGUUGGUGUGUACUAGUUGAACAUGAAAACUCUGCCAUAAGAUGUACACUAAGUUAAACUUGAUGGAUAUUUUCUUGUAUAUCUUUCGUAGUUUUCUGUAAUUUGUGAUCGUGUCCUGGGAUUGUCAAAACACCCUUAUUUAUUUGAUGCCUUUGGGCACUUACGGAAAUAGGUUUACAGACAGAACUGCAUAAACUAUAUGGAGAAUUGGAUAUCAUAAACCUGUAACAAUCUAACAAGCUAACACUAGCCUUAAAUUGGCACAUUGUUGAUUGACCACCAAAUUGUAACUACCACUCAGCCUACAAGAUAUGAACCAUGCAGACUUAGGCACAAAUUAAUGUAUGGUCAGCCUUCAUAAAUUUUUCUGUUUUGGAAGCUGCUUGCCAGCAACAUACCUAGGUGUGCUAAGUAGUGUGUGCCAGAUCCUCACUAUAGUCUUAAAUGUAUCAUGCUUGCUCCACCGGAUGCUCUUGUGGUCCCAGAGAUGGAGGGACGUGUGAAAGAAGCAUUUCCUAGUGUAAAUAUGUCACUGAAAAAUGUACAGAUUGUGACAAAACUACUCAGAAAUAGUUCCAGACGGCUUCAUAUAUUGGUGAAAAAUGUCAAGCUGUUUGCAGAAAGAAGUUUGCAUCUUUUUGGGAUAUGGGUGUAUGGCUUUUUCUGGAGUUGUUCAGUUAAAAUUCUAAAUCAUUUAAUCAGCAACAAGUGUGUAUUAUUUCUUGUGGUGAGGAUGUUAUUUCUUGUAUACACACACGCGUAUGUAUGCAGUAUUACCAUGAUUUUACAUUUAUUGUGUUAGUAUUUCAAAGUGAAUACCAAAAGUUGAGCCUGUGUGUUAGUGUGAAUGUAUGUUGGGUGUAUGGGAAGGAUGAGUGUAUAUAUUUCUGUAGAGUCAUGCGUAUAAGCAGGAUACAUUUUGCUGUGAGGUAUUGCAAGCAGGAGAACAACAGGAUGGUGGAGGAUGUUUGUGUUGUGGUCAGGCUUAGAAGGCUAAUAUGAUAUCCUUGAGUGUGCAUAUAUAUACAACAUGUAAAUACUUGUUGGGAAGUGAUAGUUAUUGUACAUAAACUAUUUUUCAGUAGUAAGGAGUUGCAACGGUGAUAUCCUCAAACUGUAGAUGAAUGUCCAAUACCCAGAUAUUGGGAUUUGAUUCAUGUUCCUUAUAAAGGUCUGCCACAGCAAUCGUCUUGCUGCGGACUCCACUGUAUGACAAUAGGGCGUCUUAAGGAUACCAGUGAUGACAGGGAAAAUGGUGAGUGUGAGAAGAUAAAUCCUUGAGUGAAAAAGAAAAGAUGAAUGAAUGAGAAACAAAAACAGAUAUAAUAAAAAUUGUCAUUGGUUGUAAGCAUACGGCAACUAUGUAGGAAGGCGUUUUGUUGCUGUAGUGAUGUCUAAAACCCUCCAGAUGGCUAUACAUUAACCCAAUCCACAUCUCAUGUAUUUUGCGAAAUAAUUGAUACUAAGUCUUUGAUGUUCUAGUUUAUCAUCAUGUUUUUAGUACUCAUGCUGUUGCUGUUUCAAUAUAAUCUUGUAGCAUCUUUCAGAGGUGUUUAAUAUGGGGAUGCUGACCCAACUAAUGUGAUAUAAUGUAAAGUAGACAGGAUAUAUGUAUAUUUUUUUCAAAGUGAAGUUAAGGAUUCCUUCUGUCAUUUAGCAGGAAUUGGAAACUCAUGGUCUUGUGGUGUUGAAAGGAGAUAAGAUGAAUUUCAACUCCUAGUGUGCUAGUCAUUUUGCUUUGCUCAACAGGCCAUAUGAAUGAUAUACUCUUUACACUUUGCAUGUAAACACACACACACACACACACACACACACACACACACACACACACACACACACACACACACACACACACACACACACACACACACACACACACACACACACACACACAUAUAUGUAUUAUAUAGAGAUAAUUAUUAUGUAGGCAGUUUUAAGGAUAUUUCAUCAAUGAAUUUAUAUAUAGAGCAUAUAUAUUCACACAGAUUGUGUGCAUUAAAAAAUUAUUUAUACUGCAUUUACCUUAAGAAGUAUUCUAUUUGCAUAAGGCUACUUUUAUUUUUCUAAGUUUGCAUAGAGUUUCCAGAUCUUCAUUUUUUGUAUUUAUCAUAUAUUUUUAUCAUUUUAUUAUAUACACAGUCUAUUUUGAAAAAAAAAAAGCUGGUUUAUGAAAGGUGUCUCUAUAUAGUACAUGAAUAUUUCUUUCAAUAGCUGCUGUAUUAUGGUGUGUGUACAACACAUGUUUCCUGCAUGAAACAGCAAUGCAAGGGCAGAAAGUAGCAUAUGAUUGACACCAGACCAAAGCUGUAGUUAAGGUAAAUGUAAUCUAGACCAGACUUGGUAAAGAGGGGGGUCACAUCCAAUACCACAGGACAGGGUUUCUAUCACAUCUAUCACACAUCACAUACAUACUGAAACACCUUCCUUCACUGCUUCCUCUCAAUACGAUCAAGACUGUAGAUAGACCCUGAGGAUUGCUGGGUCAGACAUUGAGAGAUGCAAUUCAUGGUUAUUUCCAAAUUUAGCACCAAGAUCAAUAUUAUAUUUUUUCAAUAUUUUGUUGAUGUUCCUUGAUGGUGAACAUGUUGGUCUUGACAGGUUAGCAGAGCUGAUCUGCAGUGGCAUGAUAUUGCUAGUCAGUGGUAACUAUCAUUUUGAAUCAUAAUCAGAAUUUUGUGUUUUAUUUGUUUUGUCAUGCAGUGGAACCUAAAAAUCUAGGAAUUUAUGCUGACUUACUUGUACAGUCUUGUGGCACAUGAUAAAACCAUCAACAUGGGAUAACGUUCAAUGUUCAAACAAGUGCAUUUAAUUGUUUGCCAUAAAUUUAAAUUCACUCUGGCUGAGAUCCCCCUGACAUGGAGGCAGCCAUUACAUAACAUCUUGUAUUAUCAUAGGAACAGAAAUACAGAGAUGGUUGCUAGUCCCUUUGUUCCAUGCCAUGUACUCACUCUUCAUGAGUCUAGUAGCCACAGUAUGCUGUCAGCCAUUACUCCUACCACAGAGGAUGGUACUAGUUGUCAAUCAUUCAUGCUUGUCAUUAUUGCAAGCAAAGUCAUGAGUGUGUUUAUGAGAAUGAAAACUUGUAUAUGUUCAUGAAUGUUGAAUGAACAUUUAUUGUCCAUCACAUCAUUAUAUUUGUUUUUUUGUUAACAGAAAGGUUCCUCUGCAUUAUUUACAAUUUGCUAUGCAGUGCAAAGAUAAUUAUGAGUGUUUAUCAACACACUAUUGCUUGCCUUGGAGUGGUAGUUGUGUAGUUUUUUCUGCAUAUCAUUUCGUGCAUUUCAGCUUUGAAAGCUAACACCUGGAUUUUAUUUUAGUAUGUUGUGCAGAACUCAGGGUGUUAGUAAACAGACUAUUUGUCGAAAGCUAUUUCUGUAGCAAAUGCUUCCCAUCAGAAAUUCAGUAAAAUUAAUUAUGAGAUCACUGUAGUAUAACAGACAACAUUCUUGUAACAUUUGCUCACAUUGCAAAGUAUAAUUUAACAUAGCUAACUUGAAUGAAAAUUAAAAAUAAUCUUAGUUUUGCUAUAGCUAACUUGAAUGAAAAUUAAAAAUAAUCUUAGUUUUGCUGUUCAAAGACAGUAGUUACCCAACUAUAAUGGACUUUCUUAUCCUAGAAUGUAUGAUUUCUUGGGACUCUUGUGAUCUACCCUGUCCACACAUCUGAGAAUGCCCACAGUCAGGAGUGUGCUGCUUUUCUUGUGACUAUAGUUGUAUGUUGGUUAUUGUGUUCAUGGUUUUGUAAUGACACAAACUGCAUUAUUAUUAUUUUUUAUUUUUUUUAUUUAUUUUAAUUAAUUUAUUUAUUUUAUUUAUUAUUAUUAUUUUUCUUUUGGUUCAACAACUGUUAACCUGCAGCCUUUAAUAUAGACAAAACAGUGUUUUUACUUUUUUGCUGAAGUUAUUAAAAGUGCUUGACAAGUAGUAAUCCAUCAGCAUUUCUUAAUCACUAUUUUCCUUCUAUGAAGCAUUUUCAUGUUCUUAUGGGAAUGGUGGUGAGUGCUCAUCUCAAACCAUGUCCUUUUCCUAAUGACAUUUACCACAGCACUGAGUCCCCUUGUAGUCCUCUGCACAAUGCUUUCAUCUUACUUCUUCCUUAGUCCUGCCACAGUUUGGUGGGCAAAUGUAUGCAUGGGAAAGUGUAUAUAUGUACGUGUGAUUAUUUAUUUUGUUUAUUUAUUCUCUAAUGCCUCUGAGAUCCUUUGGUGUUUAGGGCUUGAAAGGUAUAGGCUCUGUGAGUCAGUCCAUUAUAGUUGGGGAGGAUGAUAGUUACCUAUUUUGGAAAUACCUAACAUACAAUGCAAAUCCAGUGCUGGUGAAUGUGUCAAGCAUUAUCAAGAAUGCAUCCAUCCAUAUAUCUAUACAUGUAUAUUGCUGUUUUCAUUAAUGGCAGAAAAAGAAAAUGAAUUGGAAAACUACAUUGACAUUGAUAUCAGGUACCACAGCCUUAAUUCUGACUGUAGAUAUGUAUCCUUAAUAAGGAACUAAUAUAGUGUCAUUCAACCUCAUAUUGUAUGCUUUUAUCUCUCCAUUUGUAUGCAGCCUAUUUGCAUAGCAACUGUUAUGUACCUAUAUGGUUCUUGUUACAGUAGUAUGGCACUGUGAAACACCAUUUUAAUGAGUUUCAGUAUGUUUAAUUCAUUUAUGCAUUAUAAAGUUAGUGAAAAUGGCCAUUAGCUUGAAGCUUUGCAAGCAGUGAUGGAUCUGUGGAGGAGUAAAUAAGCUCCCAUUUUGAUAUUUCAAGCUGGUUAUUUGAGAUACCCAAAAUCAUUCAGUUUUCAAGAAACAAGAAAAUAAUUGAAAAAAUAUUAAAUCAUCAAGAGUUAUGAAACCAAGUACCAUGUACUUCAUGGAAAUGUAUGGUAGAAUAUGAUUGAUUAUUUUACUUGUUACAAUGAGAAGAGUCUUUCAAGUAUGCCUUGUGUUAUUUGCCAGCUAUUACACCCAGUAAGACAAUGAAGCAGUAAGUACUGUAAACCUGAAGGAAGCACCGGCCAGCAUGGUGUGUCCUGCACUAUGUGUUGCCACACACCACAUGGGAGCAGCAGCAGGAGUUGUAUAUUGAUAUUCUUUGUGUUAAUCUUCACUUUUGAAAGCAAUAGUGUUAUGCACUGAGUUACUUGUAUCCUAUAUUUGUGUUGUAUUUUAUUUGAAUUUGACCUAUAUUAUAUGUACUUUGCAUAGUUUUGGGCAGAGUUAUUUUACUUGGUCUGUGUACAUACUAGGCUGAAGAUGUGCAGAUAGGUAAUUCUGUAGUGGAGUAUAUUUCAGAUUCAACCAAACAUUGGUGAUGUAGCUCAUGAAAUACUGUUGGUUACAUCAGUAAGGCUUGUGAUGCAACUCUUCACUAGUCAUUAGAACAGGACAUAUACACCCAACUUCUCUUCUCUUCUCAAGAAUUCAGUAUUUGCUAGAAAUUGAUAUUAUAUAUCUUGACUUUCUCUAAUACAUGCCAGAGCUGGGUGGUAAACAGCAAAUAUUUAGAUGAGAAUUUGCCAAGUUUGAAGACUAUUUAGACCUGAUGUUAUGAAAUUUUGAAAUGUAUGUGUGAAAAGUUCAUGUGUUAGUGUUUUAUUUCAUGAAUUUGGUUCUUAAAUAAUGAUGCACUCACUGAAAACAAAACAAAACACAGCUGGUGAUUGUGGCUGCCCAAGAUUCUGUAAUGAGGAUUUUACCAAGCUUUCAUUGAAGGAAAAGUUGCUUUUGAAGUGUUGUUCUUGAUAUAUUUUGUCUAGUAGUAGGUUAACUAUUGCAAGAAAUUCUUACAUUGUAGCUUGCCAGCUUGUAUAGUGCAAAAUACUGUGAUUUUGUUUUUACUGAAGGGUGAUAAAUUAAUUAUUAUUAUUAUUAUUAUUAUUAUUAUUAUUAUUAUUAUUAUUAUUAAGCUUUAAAUUGUGUCGUAAAUUUUGCAUCAGGGCAGUGCUGACUUUUUUUUUUACAAUUACAUAAUUAUCCUUAAAACCUGGAAGGUAGAAAAUCUGAAUUACAUCUAUUCCCCAUACUUAAAUAUGUACUAUUCUGAGCAGACACAAUACUUAUAAUAUUAUAGAGUCAAUAACUUAAUUUCAUCCGGCAUUAUUAACUCUGAAUGCUUUCUAUUGUAUUCUGUUUUACCAACUCUGUUGCAAUCAUUUAGUCACUUGAGGACAUGAUGGCACCCACCUGUGGAUGCAUCACUCACUAAUUAAUCUUCACCAUCCAUUUUAUUUUCACUUACUGUAUGUGGCAAAUUGAUUGAUUUCUACCAAAACACUUUUAUUUUGAUGUAAUGGUUUAUCCUAAUGAUAUAUUGGUAUCAUAUGAUUACCUAAUUCGCUUUAGUAAGGAAAAUGUAAGUUUGCUUGCAUGUUGUAAAACAAAGUAGAGAGAUUCACACUAAGCAGUGAGUGUCCUCUGGUGGCAAAAUUAUUGUGACAUUCAGUGGAACAGAGUAGUAUUAUAUUUGGUGUGGAAAAGCCAGUAGUGCUUCUAAUGAGAGUGUAAUACCCAGCCAAACCUGAUGUGAUCUUCGGUUUAAAUGUUAUUCCAUUAGACUAUUAAUUGAUGUCUUAUGUUUGAAGAUGUACUUAAACUAACGUCUAAUCAGUUAUGCCCUUAUUUUUGGGACUUGGUCUUAGUGCAUCUUGGAAGGUAGGACAUUUUUUUAUAACACAAGCCCUUUUGCCUUGACCUAAAAUUUCCCUGGUGGUUAUAAUGAAGAGCAAGUUUUUUCAUUAACUUCCCUGUACAAGUAAAAAGAUGACUGAAA